AUGGCUUCAAAGCCAGAACAAGAACAAAAGCUACACUUGACAUUCUUGAUGGACACAGAAAAAAACAGUGUAGUUGUGGCUGAAGCAAACGGCGACUUCGUUGACACUUUGUUUAGUUUUCUCACACUUCCAUUUGGAACUAUCACCAGACUUGUCUUCAAGAAUCGACCAGAGCAAGAAACAUUUGGUUGCAUAGGUAAUCUAUACAAGAGUGUGGAAAAUAUAAGUGAUGAGGUUUUCUUAAACAGUAUCUGCAAAAAAAUGUUGCUUUAUCCCCGCAACAAUUCUGAGUCUUAUUGCCAGAAACUGAAGUUGAAUGUGGAUGACUCAGAACCUACAAAGUACUUCAUUUGUAGCACUUGUGUAGAAACGGGUCGGUUGAGUACUUUUGUUGGUGCUAGACGUUGUUGUUGUGGGAAUUUGAUGGACAAAGAAAUUAAGCUGCAUAGAGAAUUUGGUAAUAGCGAUUGUGUUUUUGUUAAGAAAGAAUGUCUGUAUUUAAUUUUUGAUGAUUUAAAAGUGAUGCAAAGCUUUCCCGGCAACACACUUCACCAGCUCCAACAACUUGGUUACAAAAACAUGAACAAGCUUACACACAUGUCCGCGACCUUCGGUUUGAAUGAGAUUUUGGAGUUACUCAGGAAAGCAUUAACUUCCAAGUCUCCUCUCAGCGAUGUAUUCUUGCGAAAUGGAAAUUUUUCAUAUAAGUGCACUUUCUCCUCAAGGACUCUAAUUUCUAAUCUUCCUACUACUAGGAUUAUGGAUCUUAAGGUAACUAUAAGUAAAUCAAAGAAGAAAAUAGUGUAUGCUGAAGCUGAGAGAGAUUUUGUAAAUUUUUUAUUCAGUUUCCUCACAGCACCUAUAGGAUCUAUUGUAGUGCAAUUGAAUGGCAUUUGUUUUAUCGGAUGUAUGAAUAACUUGCACAAAAGUGUGACAGAACUCGACUGUUCAUGUUUUGUAAUGGCAUUGCCUAUACGAAAUCCCAAAGUGGCUCCUCAAUUUGGUUAUUUGAAGCAACCUCUGAAAUAUCUUUGUGAAGAAAAAACUCCUAAUUAUUGGUACGAUAAUGGUGAGGUUGCAAAGGAUAAAUGUAUAAGCUAUUUGUCAAAGCCAUUAAAGCUUUUUGAUCCAAGAUCUCCAUAUGAAAAAAUUGAAUCUGCUGUGGGAUUUGUGAAGGCAUCAAAAUUUGUUGUGUUGGAUAAUCUGCAAGUGACAGCAUUGGAUAAUAAUACUUCUUGCAUUGCAUUUUUGCAAAAACUCAACAUUCCAAUCGAUGAUUUGGAGGAGCAUCAAGUUGGAAUUGGAGAGAAAGAGGCACUAUACUUGUUGGAAGCUUCUUUGACUUCUACCGAAGCUGUAUUAACAGAAGCCUUAUUCCAUCUGAUCGAGAAGACGAAAGAAGAAACUAACUGA